AUGUUCUUUACAUCUACAUUCGGAGAAAAAGAUCUUCUCAUUAACGCUUUUGCAUUGUUCAAUGUGACCGAUGUUGAGGCCCAGUUGGCUGUCCAGUUCUCAUCCAAUGUGGCCGCUUCGUCCACUCAGAUCUGGCCCUAUUUGACUCAGUUGAGGCAUUCCCAGCCCCCUGAUCUUGUGCUUCAACUUCAGCUUCCAGUGCCAACAAAGCUCCAUUCGCCCAGUCACAGCGAAAGCGUAGCCACAGGUACUGCCUGUCCUUCAUAUUUGUCAAAUAGGACCGCCAUCAUUGAGUUGUUAUUCUCUCCUCCUCGUCUCGCUUGGUUAAACGAGAAGCCUUUAUCAGCGAUUGCUGAGAACGAGUUAGUCUACUUUGAGGUGACUGAAUUGUCUUCUAAUAUUUCUGACCAGUUUGAUAACAAAGACCUCAUCUUCCGCAACUAUCCAAGGUUGAUACUUGAUUCUGCAGAUCUCACUUUGCUUUACUACUUCCGUGCCAAAUUACCUUCUUCCGGCCCAGCUAAAACGCUUCAAGCUUCGCAAGCGUACUUAUCACCUCAUCUGCCAAUCCAGUCUGCCUUCACUGCCACAAAAACUGCUAAAAAUCAUGGCCUGCCUCUUCAGCGAGUUGAAUUUCAUUUUAUCAGCCCCUUCGGCGACGAAUGUCCCCUCUUUCUCUGGCAGGAUUUGACACCGGUGACCGGCCGCGAGACUAUUCUGCCUGGCACUUCUCCUUCUUUCGAUAUCAACCUUAGCGUUAAUAAAUAUUGUUUCCUGGCUCGCCGAAUAUCAAUAUCACCCGAGCUACUUGAGGGAUGCCUUCAUAAAUUAAAUGAGACCGCAAAUGAGAAAAGGACUUCUUUUUCACAUUUGCGAGCUGGUCUAUGGUUUGUCCGCUCCAUUUUCCCCGGUGGUACUGGUCAAGGAGUUUCUCGUUUUUUGCUCCUUCCAUCCACUAAAACUUUGACCUCGCUUUCAUUUCCACUGUCAGCUGAGGCGCACAAAAAUGUAAAUUCAUUUAAUAAAAAAACAAGCCCAUUGGACGACUCCAACCUUCCUCAUAUGCAACACCGAUUAAGACGUACACUCGAUACUCCAACACUCAAAAUAGCUAAGCGUUAUCUACUCAAUUUUCUAACAGCCCCAAAUCCUUUCGAAUCAACUACCUCGCCUUGGCAACAGGCCUGUCGGCCAUUGGAUGCCUGCCUCUCUCAAGACCCUUCUCUUUGUAAAUCACCUAAUGAGUUAUGCCCUAUGGCAACAUACCAACAAGGCAAUGAGUGUGAAAUUCGGCCUUGGAGCUAUUUGGCGCCAGAUAGAAAGUCGCAACUAGGUCGGCUUGAUCCGGACACAGGCCGGAUACAAUCAUUGAACGGUAUCUGGGUUGGAUGGGCUGGUGAGGAUUCGCCAGUUGGUGAAGAUGCUUCAAAUUAA